AUGGAUCGUGCAAGGGAAGCAGAGUUUCAGGGACACAUAGAAGAAUGUAACCGGAGACGAGUCCGAAAUUUGGACCCGAACAGUAUCACGUCGGCCAUUGCAGAAUUCAACAAUGAAGCAGUUGUGGAGCGGUGGCCCCUUCCGAAAGCCAUCGCGGGCGGCGAUUGUCGCAACGGCGCCACGCUCCGCGAGGGGAGGCGCUUUAACAGUGGGCCGGAACGAGAGCGCGCGGACAAACAUGUCUAG